UGGAGCCAGGCGUCGGAAAAGGAAAUUGAAAUCAAGGGCUGAGAUUAAAGUGUAGUCCUUAAUCCUAGGGUGUAUAUAAGCCACCGCAUUGUCCCAAAAGCAGCCAUGGUUUGUAAUUGUAUGGUACGGCGUGGUGAAGCUCCUAAUAAAUCAUCGUGAAAGCUUAGAGUUAGACCCUAAUCCACUCCUCUUUCUGCUUCGCUUUCCUUUAAACACUUAGAUUCCGAUUUGUUUGUGUUCUUUUUUGUUUUUCUCUCUUUCAAUUCAGAUUCUUUUACCCUUUUGGUUUAGGGUUUAGGGUGUACAUUAAGAUUUUCUUUCAUUCUUUUUCUUUUCCGUUUUUGCCUUUUUCUAUCACUGUUCAAUACGGAGGAAGAUAAGAUGCAAAACAACGGUUCUGAUUCGCAGCCUCCGGAAACAAAUCAACGCCACCAACAGCCGCCGCAGAAGUCGUGGAUGCCACUGCAGUACCGCCCACCGGCGAUGGUAAUGCCGCACCAUAUGAUGACGCCGCAGCAUUACAUUGCGCCGCCGUUGCCGCCGCCGUAUAUGCACUAUCAUUAUCAUUAUCAGCCUCACCAUCUCCCUAUGCAGCAUUCGCAGCCGCUGCAGGGAUCUGGUGGCGAAAACAAGACGAUUUGGGUUGGUGACUUGCAGCAUUGGAUGGACGAGACUUACCUCCAUAACUGCUUUGGUUCAUUCGGCGAGAUUUCAUCUAUCAAGAUCAUUCGUAAUAAGCAAACUGGUUUGUCUGAGGGGUAUGGAUUUGUAGAAUUCUUUGCUCAUGCAACAGCUGAGAAAGCUCUUCAGAACUAUUCUGGAAUGUGCAUGCCAGAUACAGAACAGGCUUUCCGCCUGAACUGGGCGACAUUUAGCACUGGUGACAAGCGAUCAGACAAUGAUCCUGAUCUUUCUAUCUUUGUUGGAGACUUAGCUGCAGAUGUUACUGAUACUUUGCUGUACGACACAUUUUCUAGUAAAUUUCCCUCUGUCAAAGCAGCAAAAGUUGUCAUUGAUGCCAACACUGGUCGUUCAAAGGGUUAUGGUUUUGUUCGGUUUGGAGAUGACAAUGAAAGGUCUCAGGCGAUGACUGAAAUGAAUGGUGUACAUUGUUCAAGCAGACCUAUGCGCAUUGGUGCAGCAACACCCAGAAAGUCUUCUGGAUAUCAGCAACAACGUGCUUCAUUAGGAGCAUAUUCAACAAAUGGUGCCUUUAGCCAAGGUUUUCAAUCGGAAGGAGAUUCUGCAAAUACAACUAUAUUUGUUGGAGGGCUCGAUCCUAAUGUGAACGAUGAAGAUCUGAGGCAACCUUUCUCGCAGUAUGGUGAGAUAGUCUCUGUUAAAAUACCAGUAGGUAAAGGAUGUGGAUUUGUCCAAUUUGCCAACAGAAAUGAUGCUGAAGAGGCUUUGCAGAAACUAAAUGGAACUGUAGUUGGCAAGCAAACUGUUCGCCUUUCAUGGGGCCGAAAUCCAGCAAAUAAGCAGUUCAGAGACUUUGGGAACCAGUGGAAUGGAGCUUACUACGGAGGACACAUAUAUGAUGGCUAUGGAUAUGGUCUUCCACCUCAGGAUCCAAGUAUGUAUCAUGCAGCUUAUGGAGCUUACCCUUUCUAUGGAAGCCAUCAACAACAAGUAAUCUGAAUACACGAAGCUCCCAUUAAUUCUUAAAAGCCCUUUCCAAGUAGAAACCUGAAGUUGCUUCAGCUUCUGGAUUUCACUUGGUUUUAGAUUUUUUCCCCCUCCAUAUUAACCAUCCUUCCAUCUACAUAGUGGAACUGAAUUUUGAUGACCUAAGCUAGUACUCUCGUAAAGAUAUUUAUAUAUUUAUUUCAUUCAGAUCGUUACUGGAUUGUGAUAACAAACUUAUUUAUGAGAGUAUAUAUAAUCUCGCAAUAGUGCAUGCAUGUCAA